ACAAUAUUGCAGAGAAACCCUAACCGCUACAAAUAUCCCUUCUUUCUAAUCAUCAGGGGCUUUUGGUUCAGUUAAACUUCCCCAAUUAUGGGUAGCAAAAAGCACCAAACAACUGAACCAGAAGACCGCAACACCACUAAGAAUGGCGAUACCGAACUCCAGAAAAAGCAUAAGCGAAAGCUUGAAGAAGCUGAAGCAGAGAUCUUUACGGAAUCAAAGAAAGAUCUGAAGAAGAAGAAGAAGAAAAAGAAAGAGAAACGGGAAGAAGAGGCCGAAAUACUAAAUGGGUCGGAUGAAAUAUCGGUAAAAAGGAAGAAAAAGGGCGAAGAAGAGGGAGAAAAAGAGAUUUUCAGUGAUGGGUCUGUUGAAAAAUCAAAAAAGAAGAAGGAAACAGACAAUGAUAGGGGAGAGAAAACAAUUCAGGAGGUUAGGGAAAGCAGCGGUGUAUUGGUGUCAGGGAAUAAUGUGAAUGAUUCGAAAUAUAGGGCAUUAAAUUCGUUUGCAGAGUCUGGGCUUCCAAGCGAGGUCUUGGAAUGCUGCAAGAACUUUGAUAAGCCAUCCCCAAUUCAAUCCCAAUCAUGGCCUUUUCUAUUGGAAGGCCGUGAUUUUAUUGGAAUUGCUAAGACUGGCUCCGGCAAAACACUGGCUUUUGGGAUUCCUGCUAUCGUGCACGUUUUAAGCAAGAGAAAGAGCAAAAUCUCUAAGAAAGUGAAUCCACUUUGCCUUAUCCUUUCUCCCACAAGGGAGCUAGCUCAACAAGUAUGUAUUUCUGUUGUUUAUAAGUAUGUAAUCUGUUGUUUAUAUAAUAUAGCACUGCACGUGUAUGGGUUUGAAGCAUUAAAUUUCACAUUAUUUGUUAGAUUUCAAUAUGCAGUAGUAGUAGUAGUCGUUACAGACUGUAAAUCGAAUCUGCCUCUUACUUUAUCUCAGGACAUUGUUAUUGGAACACCUGGCCGUUUGAAGGACUUGAUUGAAAUGGGAGUGUGCCACCUGAAGGAGGUGUCUUUUGUGGUCCUGGAUGAAGCUGAUCGAAUGCUUGACAUGGGAUUUGAACCUGAGGUUCGCUCAAUACUAAGUCAAACGAACACUGCUCGUCAGAUGGUAAUGUUCAGUGCAACGUGGCCUCCAGCUGUCCAUCAAUUAGCCCAAGAAUUCAUGGAUCCCUGCCCUGUUAAGGUGGUUGUUGGUUCAGAGGACUUAACUGCCAACCACGACGUCAUGCAAAUAGUGGAGGUCUUGGAUGACCGAGCACGUGAUGAACGAUUGCAGUGCUUGCUGGAAAAGUACCAUAAGUCCAGACGGAAUAGAGUAUUGGUUUUUGUUUUAUACAAGAAGGAAGCAUCUCGUGUCGAGAGUAUGCUUCAGAGAAGGGGUUGGAAAGUUGCUUCUAUAAGUGGCGACAAAGCACAAUAUGAACGUACGAAGGCACUGUCACUGUUUAAGGAGGGAACCUGUCCUCUAAUGAUAGCCACUGAUGUAGCUGCUCGAGGAUUGGAUAUUCCUGAUGUCGAAGUUGUAAUAAAUUAUAGUUUUCCACUCACGACAGAGGAUUAUGUCCACAGAAUUGGUAGGACUGGACGAGCUGGUAAGAAGGGGGUGGCUCACACUUUCUUCACUAAGGAAAACAAGGGACUUGCUGGGGAGUUGAUAAAUGUUCUCAAGGAAGCACAGCAGGUUGUACCUGAAGCCCUACUAAAAUUCGGGACUCAUGUAAAGAAGAAGGAGUCGAAGUUAUAUGGUGCUCACUUCAGAGAAAUUGAUUCAAAUGCUCCAAAGGCUACAAAAAUAAAAUUUGACUGUUCUGAUGAUGAAGAUUGAUUCAAGAUUUCAUUGGGAAACGAUUCUUGGAUAAUUUGAUUGGCCCCAACAUCACAGAAAACUUCAAUUUUGUUUGUUUUUCUUCCCCCUUGUUUCAUCGUCCUCUAAUUCCAGUUUUCAGUUUCACUUUUAGUUUUUUCCUUUUCUUUCGUUUGACUAUGCGAUAUGAAUUAUGAUUAAUUUAUGUUGGAAUGAUUUAUUACUCGUGACCAAA